AUGUCUCUUCUAAAGCGGUUCAGAGAGGGGGUAGCUGCUGCUCUGUACAUCUCCCCCAGACACGUACACAUCAACAGGCUCAAUGAGAGGAGUAAUGGCAUUGAGCUGUACGUGUCAUCCAAUAGGCCAGGGGCCACGGAGCCCCUCCCAGCAGAGGAAGUUAUCCAAUCACUGAACAUCAACACCCUGCAUCGUAGCCUGGGUCACUUCGGCAUCACAGAGGUCUCCUCGGAGAAGAAUGUGCUACAGGAUCAACAUGAGAGGGACAAUAUUUGGACUAAAGAGGGAGUCUUUGCUGCAGUCAUCUUCCUCACCAUCUUCAUCAUCAUCAUCACCUGUUUGAUGGUCCUCUACCGUCGAAAGGAGAAGGUUGAAUAUUCUGACAGGCAGACCAAAGAGCAGUCCGUGUUCCCCAGCCGCGACCUUCACCUGACCCCUGUCACCGUCCCACCCCCGGUCCCGCUGCACGCCGUCGGAGCCCAGACCCAACCCCAGGUCCCCUUCUCUAGCAGCAUGGUCCAAGCAGAGCCAGCACCGCCUUCUACACCCACAUCCAUACCUCCACCCAGAGCCUGCCGUCCUCCACCCACCACCCCUGUCCCCAUCCCUGUCUCCAGCUCCAGCUGUGGUCCUCCGCAGCUCCCCCCUGCCCACCAGAAGCCCUGCCUGUCAGCCAGCCCCUCUCCCUUCAGGAUGAAGUCUGCCGCGUGUCUCCAGGAGAG